GCAGCCGCAUCUCAUUCUCCUGCCUGCCACUGCCCAUCCAAUCCUUCAUGUCACAAUAAGGAAAACCCACCCCAGCCCAGUCCGGUGUUUGCACCUUUAAAACUUUGCUGCUGGCUGCAAAAUCAUUAGACAGGCGAGGGGAAACCUUCUCCUUCCCCAGUUGUGUUGCUAGUGGCUGCCUCUACUAGGCAUGCUCAGCUGUAGCUUCAUGCAGUGCUGGAUUACAAUUCUGAAGCUGCUGCUCAGCAAGUAAGACAGAUGAAAGCAUGGGGGACUCACAAGUGAUGGAAGGCCCUUUGGAAGUAACGUUUUACCUGGCAUAGCGGCAGUAUGUUCAGUGUUGAGGAUCUCCUUGUUUCUCAUGGGUACAAAGUAUCUAAGAACUCUUCUUCCUCUUACCAACCCAGGAGUGAAGGCUACCAACAGGACCCAACAGACAGCAGGACUGGCAAUGGAUUGUUAAAUGGUUAUCAGGCAGACCCAGAGGUAUUUGCAGCCGAUCCCUAUCCUCUUGCUAAGGGCUUCUAUGGUGACAGCGAUAAGAGUUGUGCGAACAGGAGACGACAGUUGAGCUCCACCGGGAAUCCCAGGGGCCAGAGAUGUUUGGAAGCAUGUCAUACUUCAGAAACAGGGUUAUCUGACAAACCUCAAAAUGAAAGAGCACACUGGGCAAAGGCCGAAAAGGAUAUCCAGUACUGGAGAAGAAGAGGCCAAGACUUCAGCUUAUUAUUAGGACAAGGGACUAAUGAAGAGGAAGAAAAAUUAAGGUCCUCUACCGAUACUGAAGCAAAACUGAGGGGUAAUAUUUUUGAUAAAAAUUCCAGGGAAGCCGGAAAGGAUCUUGUAGAAGACAUGGAAACUGUGAGAGCCAACACUGUCUAUGACAACUGGAAACCAUCACUAGAAGAGCAGUGGGGAAAAGUCAACAAAUUUGUUAUGAAGGCUACAAAAACAUCAGAGAGAACUAUGUCAGAAAGCAGUGGUGAGAAGAUGCUACAAGAUUUCAUCUCAUUUAACCAAGUGGACAACACUGUUGGCUGCCCCAAUAAGCUGAAAUCCUUGUCAUUGCCCAAAGGCCUUUCCCCCGAUAGUAUAAAUCACAUUAGUCUGCCAGCUGUUAAAGGUGAAAACUAUGUGCUGAAGGAGGAUAAAACACAGCUGCAAAGUAACUGUGCUAUAAAUUCGGACUCAGACGGAAAUUCAUCCUCAAAACAAAAGUAUAGCAGACCCUCAAAUCCUCCCUCAUAUGAAGUUCAUCAGCAGACAUGGGGCGCAGUGGAUACAAAUGAAGGUCAAGAUCAUCAACAAAAAGAUGAACAUCACUCCAUUGCCAGAGUACAAGAUCUCCCCCAAGAAUCCUGUUUUCAAGACUCAGGCCUGGAACCUCCUAAUUACAUACCUCCACCCUCAUAUAAAUAUCCCCCUCUUCAGCAUGCUACCAAUCAAUCUUUUAACAAAGUGCCUAGCAUUCACUACUACAGGCCAAAUAAUCCGGUGGCAAAAACCAGCACAAAGGACAAAUCUCCCACCAAUUCUCAUGACAGUGACAUCCUAUACGAUAAGCCAGCCGAGCAGAGGCACACUGAUAAUUAUAUUCAUUCUAUACAAUACAUUCCUUUCGAUGACCCCCGUAUAAAGCAUAUACCAUCAAGUCAUGAAGCAGAAAAACCAAGACACAACAAUCAUGCCACUGAUAUGAAAGAUGCUUUCCGGGUUGCACAUGCAAGUCAGGAAGGUCAUCUUCAAGACAGAGAAAGUGCCUUUAUAGAUUUUAAAAGUGCAAAACAUAAUUAUGGGAAAAGAGAAGGAAUUAAACACAAACAGUGGAUGCACAUCUCUAUCCCAAGUCAGAUAUGCUGCUCGCUUCCUGAAACCAGAGAAGGGUCCACUGCAUGUAGCCUACCAGAAAACAGUGACUCCUCUGACAGGCUAACAUUAAAAAAGACACAUUCGGACAGCGCUUGCGAAAUAAUCACGAAGGUGAAGAAGUUUGAACCUGAAGCUUGUCUUCACAACAGGAAAAGUUCAAAGAGAAAGUUAAACGAAACAAUAUUUUGCUUAGUGUCUAUUCCAAUCAAAUCUGAUUCUGCCCCAUCAGAUAUGUGCAAGAACAACAAGAUUUUAGCAGACAAUGUGGACAGGAUGAACAUGUUAAAACACAGCAACGGGGGUCUGUUUGACGAGAGACUUUUAAGUGCGUCUUCCAGUGAUUUGGAACUGCAAACCCUUACAGGAAACAUGAACAAUAAAGCGGAGCUGGGAAAACAAGACCAGUCCAAAACAGAGGGAAAUAAACAAGCAAAUGACCUCAGAUGUUCAGAUCCAAGGAAGCAUAGGGAACUUGCCUAUUCUGGUUCUUGGCCAGGUGAUCAGUACAAAGACCAGCAAACUCAAACUGUGUUUGGUGAUAUACAAAAUUCUAAAUAUUAUAAUGAAACAAAAGCAAAUGAACUGCACAAUAACCCUAAAAAGCCUCACUGUGGCUCUGAAAUCAAACUAGAAAAGCCAAGUGCCAGGCAAAAUAUGUUCAGUAUUAAAGGCCAGAUGAGUCUUAGCCCCUCCAGCAACAGCGCAUUUUCAAGAACAUCCUUAUUAAUUACUCACAUGCCUAAAACAGAACCAUGCCAAAGGCCAGAACAUUAUAAUGAAAAUGGAGACAUAAGAGAAAAAAUAGCAACUGGUAAAUAUGAAAAGAAAGAGAGCGAAUCGGAAAGUUUUUGCAAUAAAAAAGAGGUGUUUGGGCAGUUUCUUUUGAAACCUGUUAACCGGCGACCCUGGGACGCAAUAAGUGAACUAGAAUGUUUGAAUAAAGAGUUUCAAGAGCAAGAGAACUGUUCUGAUGAUGGGGAUAGAAGUGCAUCAAAGGAGCAGAGCAAAGAAUCACAGUUGGACGUUUCUGCAAUCAGGAGCGAAAUGGUGGCUAACAAGCGCCAUGUGAUUGAGGUAGAAGAGGUUCCAGUUUUCGAACCUUCACAGGUCAAAUGUAUGUCAGAUAGUUGGUACCCUGAAAAGUUAAAAUGUGACAAGCCAAGGACUGGUGCUGAACUGAAGUCUGGCCAAGUGAAAGAUAGCAGAGGUAAAUCUGAAAAGUCAUCAGAUGGAUGCGUGAAAACAGAAAAACAAGUCCAAAACAAAAAGAUAGGAACUACAAUAAAUCUUCACACUGUUCUCACCCCUAAUGUGGAACAAAAAGAUAUUGCUGUGCAGAAAAAUCCAAGCAAAAUCCAGAUAGACAAAAAUUCACAUGCCCCCGAGUCAAGCUGCAGACUUUUCAGGCAAGACAGAUUUCAGUCUGAAAAUUCUGGGGGCUCGGAAAAAAGUAGCCAGGUUGACAUUAAAGCAAUAAGAAAGCUGUCUCCAAACAAUGGGAGUCCAGGGCUCUCUGUUUUUGAUCUAAACCAACAUUUCAUCACUGCAAACCAUAAUGGAGAAUUCCAUGAGCCACAGAGUGAUCCAGAAAUUCCAGAAACUGAAUCUCUCCACGAAAGAGCCACGCGGAUUUUGGGGAUUGAUGUAGCAGAUGACUCACUCGUAUCUACUGGGAGCUCUGAAGCACAAAGCCCCGAGAACCUUGCCUUUGCACAAAAUGAAGCAAAAUUGAAAGCAAAAGUGUGUGAAAUUAAACUUUCUACCAAGGAGAGCCCAGACAUCUGCAACAGUGUUCUUCAGCCUCAUAUGCAUAUUGAUAAAGAUGUAGAGAACUUUAUACAAGUGCUGGACAGGUCAUUUAUAAGUCAGCCAAUUUCUUUGCCGAGCGAAGUUAGCGCCUUCCGUAACUGUGAAAAGAAAGUGCGAAACACUUCAAAGAUGAUUGAAACCUUACAGGGAAAGCUUGCGUCUACACCUCCUCGCACUGCUGUGGAUCGGCUGGCACGGAUGAAGGAAGUUGACUCUGUGUCCCGCAUGAGACGGUUGAGUAUUAAGAGUACCGAUUCGGGAGAUGAAAUAGAGGAUGAGAAGCUAUUGCACCGAGGUCAGGAUGUAGGCUCACGCAAAUUUUCUGCCGGUGCCAUCUACAAAAGGGUCAUAUCCCUGGAUGAAAGUUUGCUUAUUACAACAAAAAGCAAAGAAAAAUUGGAGUUUUCUUUUUCUGAGUCGUACGACCCUACCAGAGUGGAAAGAGUUUAAUCUGGAAGCAACACGAGAAAGAGAGGAUUCUGCUCAUGUAAUGCCACACGACAGAGAGUAAUUGAAUUGGAAAAAGAAAACAGCCUUUUUAAUGUUAUAAGCUAAGAAAAAUUGUUUUACUCCCAAUGUGAUUUAUGGCAUAUACUAACACUGCCUUUAAUACUGCCAAAACCAAACUACUCAUGUGUUCCGUGUGCUGCGACAACAUCUUGGAGUUAAGAACAGAAAGAAUCUGACGUUGAAAUAUCUGUUUUCUUUUUUUUUUGUUAAAAAAGCACAUUUGCAUCUUGUUUCUCUUUCCAAUGAUGUCUGUUAGAAUAAACACAGAACAGAUUCACAGAUCAAACAGCCAGGUCUAGCUUGUGAAUGUAGUUUGGUUCUGUACACAUUGGGUAAGAAAUGAAUAAUAAGGCUAGUAAGCACAUUUUUAUAAGAAUCUGAAUGUAUCCACACUGACACUGCACAGAUUUUGUGAACGCUACAGAUUCCUUAUAGGAAAUAUAUUUUGCCUGUUUUUUAGGACUGUUCUUUAUUGGAUAGCUAUAUUGGCCGUGUUGCAGACACUCUGUUAUGAUUUUUGAUUGAGGAAGGUUCUGUAAAGGUUGAGGGUUGAGGUAGAAACAAAAGCAUUUUUCAACCAAUCAGCCAUUGGCUUCAACAGCUGUAGGGCAGUUAAAUGGAGCAGUGAACUUCUUAUUGUUUGCUAUAAAUUACUAGACCAGGGCAAAUGUUGCUCAUGUUGGGCAUAAACUGUAAGAUUUGCUUAUGUGGCUAGGUUGGUUUGACCACCAAUGUGCUGGGCCAAAUCAAGAUGAUCCCAUGUUAUGACCCCUGGGCAACUGUUAGGAUCAUGAUGGGAGACCUGUUGGGAGAGGACUGUAUCAAUUUGCUCAAAACAGUUGAUUGAUAUCUGGUUGUGGUGCAUGGGCCAGCCCAAAACCCACAGGAUGGACAAGCCAACCACAUCUUCUGUAGUGGGUUGUGGGCCUAAAGCUGGCCAUAGACGCAACGAUUCGAUCGUACGAAUCGUGAAUUCGUACGAUUUUCGGACCGUGUGUGGAG